GUAAACGACACUCGCUCCAAGGCCCGCCAUUAUACUUGGCGCACUGUCGCCUAUGUCGUCGCCAUGUCUUUCGGCUCCUUGGCCCACGGAUAUAUGGCCAGUAUAAUUGGGACGACUAUUGGACAACCGUCUUUUAUAGAGUACAUGGGCCCGGAGCUUGUUCAAGGUAACAAAUUGGGGUUAGUUGUUGGAAUGUACUAUGCUGGAGGCUUCUUUGGAGCUUGCUUCUCUGCUCCACUCUCUGACAGAAUUGGGCGGAAAUGGACGACUUUCAUCGGUGCAUUUCUCACCAUGAUCUUCAGUGGAAUUUUAGCUGGCUCUGUCAAUCCGGAUAUGUUUAUUGCCUUCCGCUUCUUCGUGGGACUGUCAUCAACCAUGCUGUUCACAGUCAUUCCGGUGUGGCUUACGGAGAUGGUGCCUCCAGAAGGGCGUGGAAUCCUUGUUGAUGCACACCCAAUAUUAAUAAAUUUUGGUUAUUGUCUUGCAUCUUACGUCGGCGUUGGAUUUUACUAUGUCCAGGGAAACAACCAACAAUGGAGAGGUCCGCUAGCAAUUGGAUGCGUACCUUCCAUCCUCGCCGUCCUCACGGUUCCGUUUCUCCCUGAAAGCCCCAGGUGGCUGCUCAUGCACGGAAGAGAAGCAGAAGCAUGGAAGAUUGUACAAAGUCUGCAUUGGGAUCCCAGCGACACUGAACAUGCUACUCGAGAAUUUGCUGACAUGAAACGCCAAAUUGAGGUCGACCGAGCAAUGGAGUUCAGUUACAAGGAUGUAAUCAAGAAGCCUUCGUAUAGGAAGAGGUUCCUGGUUGGGGGUGCUUUGGUGUUCUUCUUGCAGGGUUCCGGCGCGCUCGUCAUCAAUAACUACGGCGUGUACCUGUACGCAGCCCUUGGUUUCAACGCUGAAAAACAGUUGGAUCUUCAAGCAGGCUGGGUUGCAGUCGCAGCAGUUGUGAAUUGGGGCGCAGUCCUUGUAGUUGACAGAAUGCCCCGUCCAUGGCUUAUCACCAUCGGAUUCGCUGGUUGUCUGGGUUGCCUCAUAGCGGAAGCAACAAUCCAAGCGACGUCUCUCAAUAGCGACAACCAAAACGCCCUGCAGGCCGGCGUUGCGAUGCUCUAUGUCUUUGUGUUCUUUUAUGGGUUCUUUUUGGACGGGUCGACAUUCUUUUACAUCGGAGAGAUUUUUCCAAAUCAUCUUCGAGCAUUGGGGAUGACGUACGCAAUGGCUCUUUUGAACCUGUUGAAUAUUAUAUGGCAAGUUCCCGGCCAAGCGGCCUUGGAAAAUAUCGGCUGGAAGUAUUAUCUCCCCUUCAUCAUCCUUACAGCGAUAUCGGUAGUGGUGGUGCCCAUGACAUUUCCAGACACCCGGAACAUGGCGUUGGAGGAUAUCAUGACUUUGUUUGGUGAUGAAGUGCGAGUAAAUGAUAGUUCUAGUCGAGAGCUGGAAAAAGAAGGUGAUUGUGAGCACAAGGAAGUCGAGGCUGCAUAG